GAUUACAGUUUUUCCCAUUAGUUAUUUGUAGUGUCACGGGCAAAAUAAAGAAAAAUAAGAGAAUUUGGAGAGGAUAUAAGAGGAAAAUGGACAAAGAAAAGCAGUCAACAUCAUAAGAAGAUAAAUGUUGUGUAAAAGCAGGAAUAUCUGUUCAAUCUACAGAAGCAUCUCAGUCGCUGCUGCACUUUCCUCAAAACCCAAUUCCCAUUUCAUCCCAGACUCCGUUUUUCACUACACAGAAGAGGUUUUAGCAUCAAAACUUGCUCCAAUUCUACAAUCCUGCACUUCUCUUACAGAAAGUAAUAUUGGUUCUGUUCUUAAAAAAGGAAAGCAGGUUCAUGCCCAAGUCACUGUAAAUGGAAUCGACAACUUGGGUAUUCUUGGUACAAGGAUCUUGGGCAUGUAUGUUUUGUGUAAUAGGUUUACUGAUGCCAAGAACUUGUUUUUUCAGCUGCAGUUGUGUUAUGCUUCCCCUUGGAAUUGGUUGAUUAGAGGCUACACAAUAAUGGGUCGUUUUAAUCUUGCAAUCUUGUUGUUCUUUAAAAUGCUGGUUUUUGGUACUAAUCCUGAUAAAUACACUUUUCCUUAUGUGAUUAAGGCUUGUGCUGGUAUAAAUGCUGUGAAAUUAGGUAAAUGGCUACAUGGGAUGGUACAAAGUUCAGGUUUUGAGGAUGAUGUGUUUGUGGGCAGUGCUUUUAUCAAGUUCUAUGCGGAGAAUGGUUGUUUGGGCGAUGCUCGUCUUUUGUUCGAUAAAAUGUCUCAAAGGGAUAGUGUCUUGUGGAAUGUGAUGCUUAAUGGCUAUGCUAAAGAUGAACAAUCAGUGAAUGAUGUGGUUGAGUUAUUUAGGGAGAUGAGGAGAAGUGAAACUAAGCCUAAUUCAGUAACAUAUGCUUGUGUUCUUUCGGUUUGUGCCUCGGAAACAAUGGUUAAAUUUGGUUGUCAGCUUCAUGGGCUUGUUGUUAGGUGUGGGUUGGAAAUGGAUUCUCCAGUAGCCAAUACGUUGAUCGCGAUGUAUUCUAAAUUUUGUUCCUUGUUUGACGCACGAAAGUUGUUCGAUUUAGUGCCACAAGCAGACCGUGUGACUUGGAAUGGGAUGAUCGGAGGGUACGUGCAGAACGGGUGUAUGGACGAGGCACUGGAAUUAUUUCAUGAAAUGGUAGCUUCCAGUGUCAAACCAGACUCCAUCACCUUUGCCAGUUUGCUCCCCUUAGUUUCAAUUUCAGAAGAUUUACACCAGGGGAAGGCAAUUCAUGGUUACAUCGUGAGACAUGAUGUAUCUAUGGAUGUUUUCUUAAAGAAUGCGAUAAUUGAUAUGUACUUUAAAUGUGGGAAAGUUGAGGCAGCACGCAACAUAUUUAACUGCAGCCCUGCGGUGGAUGUUGUUAUAUGUACUGCUAUGAUUUCAGGAUUUGUUCUUAAUGGCAUGAGUUUUGAUGCCCUAGAAGUUUUCCGAUGGUUACUUAUUAAGAAAAUGAGGCCCAAUCCUGUUACUCUAGCAAGUACAUUACCAGCUUGUGCUAAUUUGGCUGCUCUGAGAAUAGGUAAGGAACUGCAUGGUGUCAUUGCUAAGCGUGGUUUUCAAGAAAUACUUUAUGUGGGAAGUGCAGUGACAGACAUGUAUGCAAAGUGUGGAAGGUUAGAUCUUGCUCAACAAGUGUUCAGAAGGAUGUCUGAUAGAGACGUUGUUUGCUGGAAUUCGAUGAUCACGAGCUGUUGCCAGAAUGCUGAACCGGAAUUGGCCAUUGACUUUUUCCACCAAAUGGGUGCAGAUGGAGCCAAAUAUGAUUGUGUCAGCAUAUCCAGUGCUCUUUCUGCUUGUGCAAAUUUGCCAGCUCUACAUUAUGGGAAAGAAAUCCAUGGCUUCAUUAUGAAAAGUGCAUUUAGCUCUGAUGUUUUUGUGGAAAGUGCAUUAAUAGAUAUGUAUGCUAAAUGUGGGAAUUUAGAGGUAGCUUGGCGUGUUUUUGACUUGAUGGCGCACAAGAAUGAAGUAUCAUGGAAUAGUAUUAUUGCAGCUUAUGGAAAUCAUGGCCUACUUAAGGACUGUCUGGAUUUGUUUCAUGGAAUGCAAAAAGAUGGAUUCCAGCCUGACCAUGUCACGUUUCUCGCGAUCAUAUCAGCUUGUGGUCAUUCUGGUCGAGUUGAAGAAGGAAAGCAUUACUUCAAUUGCAUGACUAAAGAAUAUGGGAUUACGCCCCGAAUGGAGCAUUAUGCAUGCAUGGUUGACUUGUUUGGGAGAGCUGGUCUUGUGGAAGAAGCAUUUGGAGUGAUUAAGAGUAUGCCGAUUGCUCCAGAUGCAGGAAUUUGGGGAACGUUGCUUGGGGCUUGUCGCUUACAUGGCAAUACUGAGCUUGCUGAAAUGGCUUCUGAGCAUCUGUUAGGCUUGGACCCGCAAAAUUCUGGCUACUAUAUAUUACAAGCAAAUCUACAUGCUAAUGCGGGUAAAUGGGAUAUGGUUUCUAAAAUUCGUCAUAUGAUGAAGGAAAGAGGAGUGCAGAAAAUACCUGGUUACAGCUGGACUGAAGUGAACAAUGGAACUCAUAUUUUUGGUGCUGCAGUCGCGAGUCACCCGCAGUCUGCUCAGAUAUACCUUUUAUUAGAUAAUCUUCUAAUGGAGCUGCAAAAUGAGGGUUAUGUUCCUCAAAUUAACCUUCAACAACAGCAUAAUUAUCCCCAGAAGUCUGUUAAUUCUGAUUAAAUCACUAUUAACCACAUUGAAUAUAGCUUAGCUCGAGGACUAUAUCGACACUUCAGGUUAGCAUAGAUAUCAUAUUUGCGUUGGGCCAUUGAUUAAAGUUCAUUCGACCACAUUUGAAAACGGUAUUAGAUUUAAACUGGGGAAGAAUUCAUACUUCUUCUGAAUGCACAAAUGUGUCUGAUCUCCAUAGCUGUUUCCUUAGUCAUCCUCUGUUCUUC